AUGAUUGUGCGUAGCUGCGCUCGUUGCGCCUCCAGAGCGCGAGUCCUUCGAUCGAAGCCGAGCAUUUCACCACCGCGAUACCAGUUCAGAAGCUAUGCGACACCCCAUGGAGCUCCCACAGCGCCAAUUCACAGCGGAAGCGCAGGGUUGCUGGCGCCGUUUGUGAGCGAAUUGGAUCGCAUGGCACCGAGUUUCGAUCUUCGGGGCGACCAGAUUCGAAUAUUGAAAACACCGACGGAAUUCUACGAGACGCUCAAGGAUCGGAUACGAAAUGCGAAAAAGAGGAUAUUCCUGUCGACUCUAUAUAUUGGAAAGUCGGAAAAAGAGCUCAUUGAGACGCUGCGAGAGGCGCUGAGGCAGAACCCCGACUUGACGCUCAGCAUCUUGACGGAUGCGCUGCGCGGCACCCGCGAGUCGCCGAAUCCAUCCUGUGCUUCGUUGCUUGCGCCGCUGGUGGAGGAGUUUGGGGCUGAUCGGGUGGAGAUACGGAUGUAUCAUACGCCGAACCUGACGGGGCUGAAGAAGCAGUAUGUGCCCAAGAGGAUCAAUGAGGGAUGGGGUUUGCAGCAUAUGAAGCUCUAUGGCGUGGAUGACGAGAUUAUCAUGUCUGGGUAUGUUGAUGCUGCUGAACAUGCGAUUGAUGGGCUUGAAACUGACGUUGGUGAAAGGGCGAACUUAUCUAUGGACUAUUUUACAAACCGACAGGAUCGGUAUCACCUCUUUUCGUCCAGCGAGGUGACGGACUACUUUUGGAAGCUUUAUAACGGAGUUACGUCGUUUAGUUUCCUUGUUCAACCGUCAAAAGAGGAUGCGGCCGGUUUUACUCUUACAUGGCCGGCAAAGAACUCUGCUCCGUCACCGCUGGAGAAGCCGCAGUCUUUUGUCAAGAGCACUACAUCUACGUUACAAGCGUUGAUAUCUGCGCCCGAAAAGGUUCCAGAUAAUGAUUUUAAGGAUACUCGUGUCUAUAUGCUCGGCCAGAUGUCUCAAGUUAUGCGACCAGAUACAUCGACGGAGCUUCCUAUACUGACGCGGAUUCUGGAGAGGUUGUCUGAGCCAGCAUAUGCGGGAUCGUCGUGGACGUUCACCGCAGGAUACUUUAACCCUGCGCCGUCAUUAACAAAGUUGCUACUGAACACAGCUUCGAAUAACAACAUUGUCAUUACAGCAGCGCCGGAAGCCAAUGGCUUUUACAAGUCAAAGGGAGUUUCUGGGUUAUUACCCGAUGCAUAUGUGCUACUCGCACGCCGCUUUUUGUAUGCUGUUCAGCAACGUGGCCGCGAGGGGGACAUUACACUGAAAGAGUGGCGCUUCGGCACGACUGGCCAGCCUGGCGGGUGGACAUACCACGCAAAGGGCUUGUGGAUCACGAUGCCUGGCGAGGCGAACCCGAGCAUGAGCAUAGUGGGAAGUUCCAACUACACGAAACGAAGCUACUCGCUCGACCUGGAGGCUGGGACAUUGAUUGUGACCCGGAAUGAGGCGUUGAAGGCACGGCUGGGAGAAGAGCAGAAAUGGCUGCAGGAGCAUGCGGCUGGAGUUACGAUGGAUGAUUUUACAAGAAAUGAGAGGAGGGUUAGUCUGAAGGUGAGGAUUGCGAUGUGGAUUGUAAAGGUUGUGGGAGGCGCUUUGUGA